AUGCAGCCACUGAAACCGACCCACUCUGAGAUUUCCUCCUACCAGCGGCAGCGUAGUGGAUUUGAGUCGCGAGAUCUGGGGGUUUUUGGGAUCCACAUGACCCGGAGAGUCAAACUUACAUAA